UCCAACACCAGGUUCCAUGGAGAAUGCCGAGAUAACUCGAAUAACGGUACGCUACAAUAUUUAUGUGGGAGAAAUUAUAUUCGUUUGAUAAACAACCGAAUAUGCGUUUGUCGCGCGCAUCAAUAAACCGCACAUAAAACAACAACAACACAAAAGGCAGAAGUGUUUUUCGUCUCGUCACGAAACCCAACAGCUCCAGCCGAGACAGAACCAUUGUCUGAAUAUAUGUUUAGGAUGGCCUGGAUAGGCAAGAAGAAGUCGGUGAUAGCCACCAGUCUGAUCGCGGUGGUGUCGCUCUUUGUUGUGGUGGUCAACUACUCAGAGAAGCCAUACUUCCUCCUGGAACCAGUCUUCGGACAAACCUUCAGCAGCCACUGGAUGUUCUCCAGGCAGACUCACAAGGCCUUCAAACCUCACCUGGGAUACGUCAGCAUCCCUAAGCAGGAGCCGCUGAAGCUACACUGUGAGGUCUGCUCCGUGGUGUCCAGUUCAGGUCAGAUGUUGGGCCAGGCGGCAGGGCCGGAGAUCGACCACUCCUCCUGUAUCUGGCGUAUGAACAACGCCCCGACGCGCGGGUUCGAACACGACGUGGGGCACCGCACCACCCUCAGGGUCGUCUCUCACACCUCUGUGCCCCUGCUGCUUCAGAGGCCUCAGUACUUCUUUGGCCAGGCCAACGACACGGUAUAUGUGGUUUGGGGUCCUCUGAGGAACAUGAGGAAGGAUGGGAAGGGCAUUGUGUACAACAUGCUGAGACAGGCUGUAGAGAAGUACCCCCAGGCUAGGAUCUACCUCACCACAGAGGAACGCAUGAACUACUGUGACAUGGUGUUCAAGAAGGAGACCGGGAAGGACAGGUCAGAGGGGUACCGUGUCAAGGUCCCGUACCACUACUAUGAAGCCGGUAGUCGUGAUGAGUGUGCAGAGUAUCUCCUCCACGAGAGCGCUCCGUACGGCGGCCACCGUUUCAUCACAGAGAAGGCCGUUGCCAAGUGGGCCAGAACACACACCAUUAAGUUCUACAACCCGCCAUGGAAACUGUCGUGACCCGGAGGGACCGCAGAUAGCCGGGAGGUCUGGAGGAGGGCCAUUAUUGAUGACAUCACACAGCCGUGUCCACCUCAUCAUCCAGGGACAGGGAGAACGCAGGGCCGCUACCGUUACACCAGAGCAGUGUCCCAAAUGACACCCUCUCCCCUAUAUAGUGCACUAUCGGGACCUGGUCAAAAGUAAUGCACUAUAUAGGCACGUCUCCCUCCCUUGGCGUUGUCUAGGUGUAUAUGACACUGAAAUGUACAGUCAGAAUGCGCACAUCGUUCUGCAAUCCCAGUCCGUCCAUUACCACUGAGCCUGUAGUCUGAGGGGUUGUAAUUCCCGUCCCACUGCUUGCCUGACUGUAGCACUGAAACCAGACACCCAUCCUGGGCUGAAACGUAGAUGGUAGAGGGUGGUCCCUCCAUGUCCCCACUGAGCCAUGAACCAAGGCCUUCUGUUCACUAAAACAAUCUGGCCACUGCAGGACAGGCUCAUCCAUCUAUCCCAUUAGAGAAACAACAUGAAGAAGAAACUAUUUCUCCACUCAUUGAAUGUCUGUUGUCAUCUUCUAGAACUCUGUUGACCUCUUCUAGAACUCUGUUGUCAUCUUCUAGAACUCUGUUAACCUUUUCUAGAACUCUGUUGCCCUAUUCCAGAACUUUGAGCUGGAGAAAAUGUGAUGUCCUAAAGGAGCUCCGGAGCAGGGGUCUUCUUGACCACCAAUCAUCUGCUGCUUUGAUGUAGUAAAGGUUGGUGAAUGACAAAGGACGGAUAGCUCAACGCAACACAUACGGGAUAAGAAAAGAAUGAAACCAACAAACUGUUCUUCAUCUCUACAGUAGCUACACACAGGCUGUCUCCCUAAUGACACCCUAUUCCCUACAUAGUGCACUACUUUUGACC